AUGCCUCCUCCGAAACUGACGCAGCAACAUCAGCAGAAAGAGGUGGUGCCUCCUCUUUUCCCAAAACCACAGGAGCCACAGAAUGUGGUGGUGACUCUUCCGAAACCGAAGCAGCAGCAGCAGCAGCAGAAAGAGAUGCCUCUAACGAAGCCCCAACAGCAGCUGCAGCAGCAGAAUGUGGUGGUGACGCUGCCGAAACCGCAGCAGCAGCAGCAGCAGCAGCAGCAGCAGCAGCCUUUGAAGGAGAUGCCGCCUACCUCGAAACCGCAGUUAUCCUCGCCCUUCAGCUUCACCAACAGCCUCAGUGCAGCCUUGCAGAACAGUUCUGCUGGCAGUGUUGGUGGUGGUGGUAGUCUCUUUGGCACUGCGGCGCCCAAGACUGGUGGAAGCCUUUUCGGCAGUCCAGCGCCAGCAGCAGCAGCCACUGCUUUACCUGCCUUUGGAGCAUCGUCGGCCUUUGGUGGCGGCAGUAGUGGUUCGCUCUUUGGUCAGUCCUCGCAGAAGGAGGUGCAACUCCCGAAGCAACCACAGCAGCAGCAGCAGAAUGAAGUUCUUUCUCUGAAACUGCCGCAGCAACAGCAGAAUGAGGUGCCCACCUCAAAACCACAGCAGCCGCCGAAUGAGGUGCCUGCAUCGAAACCACAGCAGCAGCAGCCUUUGAAUGAUGAAGUGCCUUCCACGAAACCGCCACAGCCAAAGUUAUCAUCGUCGUUCAGCUUUAACAGCAGCCUCAGUGCAGCAUUGCAGAACAAUUCAGCUGGCGGUGGUG